CUCCGAAGAGCCGGUCAACCGGUGAUAGAUGGACACGGCGAGGAUGAAUUCCUUCCUCGAUUAUCCGCCCAUCCUCAACGGCGAGUCCGCCACUUGCUCACCCCGUGCUUACCACCACCACCGCCACCACCACCACCACCACCCAGACCAUGGGAUUACCACAACCACGUUCCAGUCCUGCGCUGUCAGUGCCAACAACUGCAACGGGGACGACCGCUUCCUCGUGGGCAGGGGGGUCCAGAUCAGCCCCCAUCCCCACCAUCAGACUGCUACCUACCAGCACCACCCCAACCUGGGGAUGUCCUACGCCCACCCGAGCUGUGGGCCGACCUACGGCGUGCAGAACUUCGGUGCGGGGGGCUACAGCCACUACCCACUCGCGCAAGAGGCAGAGAUUAAUGGGGGCUUCCCCCAGUGCGCUCCUGCGCUCUACUCUGGAAACGUCUCGUCGUCCGUGGUUCAGCAGCCCCAGGUUUAUGCUGGGGGCCCCGUGGGCUCUGCUCAGUACAUCCACCCUUCUUAUGGGGACGAGCAACAGAACUUAACCCUAACCAAUUACAGCCACCCCCUGUCUCCUCUGCAUUCGAAUCACCAGGAAGGCUGCGGUUCCCCUUCAUCGGAGACUUCUCCUCCCGCCCAGACUUUCGACUGGAUGAAAGUGAAGAGAAACCCUCCCAAAACAGGGAAAGCUGGCGAGUACGGUUAUGUUGGCCAGCCCAACACGGUCCGGACCAACUUCACCACCAAACAGCUGACAGAGCUGGAGAAGGAAUUCCACUUCAACAAAUACUUAACCCGGGCCCGCAGGGUGGAGAUCGCCGCCUCACUGCAGCUGAACGAGACUCAGGUCAAGAUCUGGUUCCAGAACCGCAGGAUGAAGCAGAAGAAGCGAGAGAAAGAGGGCUUGCUCCCCAUUUCUCCGGCCACCCCAACAGGAAGCGAAGAGAAAGCGGAGGAGUCCUCGGAAAAGUCCAGCCCAUCCCCCUGUACCCCUUCGCCAGCCUCCUCUACCUCAGACACUCUGACUACCUCGAAUUGAAAGACACGCUGCUGCUCAUUCUCCCUCUAAGGCACAAUCUAAGAGUAAAUUUAUUGUGUUUCGAACUUCUC